ACCAGUUCCAUUUAUAAUUCUUGACUAAAAUUACAAAUUUCAAAGAUUUCUAAAUAGGACAAUUGUGUUUUUGAUUAAAGUAUAAAGUAGUAAACGUUUUGUGCCAUGGGGUGUUUAAGUAGCAAAGACCGUUUAACAAAAGAAGAUAUGGAAUUUUUAAAAUCUCAUACUCGCUAUGAUGAAGCCACUAUAAAGGAGUGGUAUAAAGGAUUUAAGCAAGACUGUCCCAAUGGAAGAUUAACACCAGCAAAAUUUGUGGAUAUGUAUAAAAUGUUUUUUCCAUCUGGAAAUGCGGAAGAAUUUUGUGACCACGUAUUUCGUACAUUCGAUAUGGAUAAAAAUGGAUAUAUUGACUUUAAGGAAUUUCUUCUUGCUAUUGAUGUAACGUCAAGUGGAACACCAGAAGAAAAAUUGAAAUGGGCGUUUCGAAUGUACGAUGUUGACGGCAAUGGGGUAAUUGAUAUUCAAGAAAUGACGAAAAUAGUACAG